AUGCAGUCAUCUUAUAGUGGCUGAAGAAUAGUUGUGCAUGAUGUUUCCUUCCUAGUGUGGGAUAAUUAUGUAAUUUGUUGAGUUAUGUUGGUGCAGUGUGUAUUAACAUGUGGUUCUAGCUAUAUCGAGGUCAGUAGUGGAAUGUUUUGUGGCUGUUAGAUUUGUAAUAUUUUUUUUGUAAAAUAAAUGGAUCCAACGCCGUGGGAUGACGAGGAUAAUCCAACUGAAGAUCUGGACGUUGAAAAAUCUGAGUGGGCUUGCAGGGAUGGUUUGAUAUUCUUGAUUGAUGCAACUAAACCAAUGUUUACUGAAGAGGAAUCUGGAAAGUCUUCCUUUCUUAUAAGUCUACAGUGCUGUAAGACUACCAUGCUGAACACAAUAAUUAGCUCUGAUCAAGAUAUGAUUGGUAUCAUAUUAUUUGGCACAAACAAGACAAGUAAUGUACUGAAUGUUCCACAUAUAGCUGUUUUGCAAGAUCUGCAACAACCAAAUGCGGAUAAGAUCAAGCAACUGGAGACCAUGUUAAAACGGAAAAACUUUAAUGAUUUUACAGCUACAUUUGGUCACAGUGAUGACUUUGCCAUAUCAGAUGCUCUUUGGCUGUGCCAGUCAACAUUUUCUAGUAGUCAGUUAAAGCUGAACUCCAAGAGAAUCUUUUUGUUUACAAACACUGACAAUCCCCAUGCAGGAUCUCAGCACAAAGAACAUCUGGCAAGAAGUAAAGCAGCAGAUCUGGGGCAAAUUGAUGUUGAUGUGGAGUUGCUUCACAUGGGUAAUAAUUUUGACCCUUCACUUUUUUACAAGGAGUUGAUACAGUUAGUAAAAGGAGAUUAUUCAGAUGAUUGGAGACUGCCAAAUCCAUCAACUAAAUUUGAGGAGCUUCUGGCAAGAGUAUAUCGCAAAGAUCACAAAAAGAGAAGUGUUGGAAAGAUUCUCUUCUCACUGGGUGAUGGAGUCAAGUUUGGUGUUGCUGUUUACAACCUUGUCAGGCCAGCAUAUGUUCCAAAAAAGGCACUAUUAGACAGAACCACAAAUGAAGUUGUGAAAACCACCACAAAGAAAUUUCAUGCUGACACUGGAGAAUUGAUGUUGCCUUCAGAACUGAACAAGUACCAGGAGUUUGCUUUUAAGAAAAUUAUAUUCAGACCUGAUGAAACUAGGAAUCUGCGUAAGUUAACAGAGCCAGGUAUAAAACUGCUAGGAUUCAGACCUGAAUGCAAGAUCAAAAUCCAUCACCAUCUAAGACCAUCAUCUUUUAUCUUCCCAGAAGAAGGACUUAUUCAAGGCAGCCGUAAGCUGUUUGCAGCACUCCUUGAUCGCUGCAUAGCAAAGAAGGUUGUGCCCAUUUGCUACUUUACCCCCAAUACAAACUCUACUCCGAGCUUGGUAGCACUUAUUCCUCAGGAAGAACAAUUGAAUGAUUCAAACAUACAAAUAAUUUCACCUGGUUUCCAUGUUGUUUACCUUCCUUACUCUGAGGAUAUUCGCGCAUUGAACAUUGAAUCUACAGCAAGAGCAGAUGCUGAGCAAAUAAUAGCAGCCAAGGCAGUAAUAAAAAAACUCAAGUUUGUGUAUACACCGUACAGUUUUGAUAAUCCGAAACUACAGACUCAUUGGCGGAACAUAGAGGCUCUGGCUCUCGACUAUAAUGAACAAACAGAAGUAAAAGAUGUUACAGUUCCAGAUUAUGAAUCUAUGGCAAGGAGGCUAGACUCGUUGGCCCAAGAGUUCCUAGACUCUGUCUAUAUCGGUGGUUAUGUUCCUGGUGGAAAACCAAAAACUUCAGGUGAUAGGAAGAGGACCACAGAUACAUGCAGUGAUAAACCAAGGAAAGCUACAAAAACUGCAGAUGUGGGAGACAUGCAAGAUAUUGCUACCUGUGGAAAGGUUGAGAAACUGAAGGUGGAUGAAUUGAAGACAUACCUAAAGGGUGAAGGGAUUGAAGUGAAAGGGUUGAAGAAAGUUGAGCUUGUUACCAGGGUGUACCAACACCUUGGCAUAACCCAGCCUAAUUAGAAGCUGUAGUGUUUUUCAUUUCCUGUUAGAUGUAAAGGAAGUAAAAUCUUCAUUGCCCUGAAAAAUAAUUUGUUUAUACAAAGUAAAAUAUGGAAAGUAUCCAGUAAGUGACUUUUUGAACAAACAAUUCCUUUCAGAACUUCAUUAUGAUACUUGCAUUUUGUAUUUUUUAAGUUGUAGUUACCUUUCUGUGGGCAAAUACUUUGAAUGACAGACAGCUUCUGUCAGUAAGAAGUAAAGUAUUGCAGAAGAAAUUGCUAGAAGUCAUAUAUUUCAGACAAAGUUGCUCAUGCUUUGGUUCUACCUGGAUUUUAUGGACAGCCAAAAAUCCUGAAGAAAGACAUACCACUACCCCGCAGAUCCCCUCGCAUUUUACAUCUAAUGGAUGUCAAGUGUGCAAUUUUAUGUCAGCCACUGCAACACUGGUUGCAUUACAGGGUAAAGUUGGGUUAAACAAAAAGUAGCUCCCCUGAUGAUAGGAGCAAUUGACAUUUGUCAAACAAAUUUUCAUGAUUGAUUAGGUCUGGGAAGUGUUGGUGCAAUGGUAAAAUGGCUGUUACCCAUUCAAUCCUGACCAGAAGUAACUUAUGUUGUUCUGUGUUAUGAUGCUUUGCAGAUAGUAUGUUUCUCUAAAAUGUUAGUAACAAGUGUGUACUAAUAUAAUUUGAAUAUCUUUGUUUAUGACAGUGAUGACGACGCCUCUGUCACUAUAACCCCAUUCCUGAAUUUUGUAUGUUUUCAUUUCGUCCAGAAUGCGGUUUUGAAUUCUUGUCAUUCCUAAAUGUUUGAACUUUGUCACAUUUUUUUAAGGUUAGGUGUCCUUAUAUUGUGAUUUUGUUUUGCAUUCUGGGCAUGAGCCAUAAACAUAUACUUCGUUUUCUCUUCAUUUAAUUAUAGGCCAUUCUCAUUGCUGAUGAGAAAAUGAUGGUGUCUGUGUCAACGAUACAAAACAAGGCUUUGCUGUGUAAGUUACAUUUCUGUGGAUAACAUUAUUGAAAAGUUUGUAUCUUGAGUUUGGCAUUGCUUAGUUCGAGUGAGUGUGUAAUUACUUCCAUAACUCUUAUAUAAAGCUACAAGAACCCAAAAAAAUUUUGAAGCAACUCCAAGCAAAUAAGCCAAAAGAGGUUAAGUAAAAUAUUUGCUGUCCCUCAGUUUAGUAAACUGUGUAAUCACCAUUCUUGCUACAUUACACCUAUAGCAGGCAUGGGAUUUUGGCAAUUGAACUUACUAAAUGGAAAGCUAAGAGCAAGUUAACUAUCCAGUCAGAACAGGAGUGGUCCAUGUAGUAAUUUCAAAUUAAGGAACAAAAACUGUGUACAGAAUUUUUUUUGGACCCUGGGAAAAAUUUUGUGAAGAGGAUAGUAGGUGAACAUUAAGGUUGAUUUAUGUUGUGAGGAUUGGAGGUAGAUGGAAUGGUUUCAAAUUCAAUGGCCAAUUUUGAUUCCUGUAAUAUGUGAAGUUUGGCAUGAUGAGCAAGACAAGUGAUAUUGCUAGGGGAAUUACAUUUCCUGAUUUAUUGGAGGUAAACUGUAAGAUUGCAUAUGCAAAUACAAAAUGCCAGAAGAUUGAAUAUGUGCUGGUUUCUGCUACAACAGUAUUAGUUGUACUUCGUAAUAAUGAUAAAUUUGCAAGAUAUUCGCUGUCACUCUUGUACAGGUUCUGGAAGCUAUAUUUUGGCAAACAUAUUUAGAUCAUAAAUGGUGUUGGGUGAACGAAUUCUGUACAAAACCAGAGAACUUGUGAUUUUGAUAGGUGUAAAGUUUUGUAUGUACAUUAUGUAUAUCUGUACAAACCAUAUAAACCAAAUUGUUCAGUGGAA